CGUAUUCAUGGAGUGUACCACGAUUCAGGUGAAAUUCGUAGGUUAAAUUACCGUGAAUCAACUAGCAAAGAGUAGUCGACAAGUAUGAAUCAUCAGUAAUCGGUCUAUCGUGAUUACCCUUAUUAGCAUUUAUGAAACACUUCAAUUACUUGGAUGAAAAGUCAUGUUUUGGAUGUUAACAAUGUUUAUUAAUUUUAAACUAAGUACCCCCAUAUGAUUGUUAAUUGGAUUAAUGGAUUAGUAGUAGUGGAGUGAAUGCAAGGUAGCUUGUUGGAAGCGGAGGAGCAUAUGAUUGAGCAUUUUCUGGCUCUUUCUCCUUCCGGCGGCUAUACGUGUAGAGGAAUUAGUCACACGAUACCAAACCCCAAAUGAUUGGUGAGGAGAGAAUACAAUAAUUUAAUUAGGUUAAGGAAAGAUGAUCAGUGGAGGAUGAUUAUUAAUUAGUGUGUGAAAAUGACGAAUAAUUAGAGUGAUCGGUCGAGGGAGGAGAGUGCCGGCGCAAUUGUUGGGUCGUUGUCCAUUUUCAUUAUCCAUCAUCCAAACCCUAGAUAUAUAUAAACUUAAUUAGCAAACACCACUAAUGUGAAUGUGAAGUUGGCAUGGCGAUUGAUGAAUCAAUGCAUCCAAUGAGGGGAAUCGUAUUGUUGAGGUCAACUCAUCAAAGAGGGGCAAAGAAUUAAUGGGUUGCUCUUUCACUUGUUGUCGUUGGUCGAAUUUUUACUUAAAUAUAGAAUUUUGUCGUUGGAUAACCAUAUAAGAGAUGGAUUUGCAAAUUGAGAUAACCAACAAUGCGCAAAUGAAUAUCGAAUAUAUAUUUUAGGGUUUUGAAUUUCACUCAUAUUAACUUUCUCCACUAUUUUUUUUCUUCUUUUCUUCCUGUCUUAUGUAACAACAAAGCCAAGGAAAAAAGCAAAGUUUUGUAGGGGUAUGGGCACCCUCUUUUGUUGGAGAUCUGUCUACCAACUAGCAAAGCUCUGAUGAAUCUCACUUGUGACUAUUAGAUAUAUAUACAACUUGUGCCAUGAAAAUAAACAAAUGAAAACGCUACAAGCACUUAUUAUUGAAAACUACACUUAUUAUACAAAACACAAAAAGACUUAUGUAACCACACACAAGUUGGCAAGAUGGUAGUGUCAUAAAUAAAUUAAAAUUUAAAACAAACAAGUUACGAGGAGCAUUUUUCAACUUAAUGUGUGAGUUAUCUAUGAAGUAAAAAAUAGCUAAAUUACAUUAACGAAUUGAAAAAACGUUUUAUAUAAUGAUUCAAUGAAAAGAGCAGAACCCUGUAAGUAAAUUAAAUCGAACUUUUGUUUCCUACUUAUUUCCCAACGAUUAUCUAUUAUCGGGAUCGAAAUAACCGCCUCCUGUUAAGUGUGCGCUUUGAUCCGAUCGAGUAACCCAUGGCUUGCCUCUAAGUAACCGCAAUUUGUGGGGAGGUUCCAGCCUUGCACACCAGGGAAUCAGUUUUUGUGGGUUUCUAGAGAAACACUAAAAAAAAAAAAUAAUAAUAAUAACGUUUUUCUUUUGUUGGGUUUGCUUCAAAGCCAACCGAAUCUCACUAUCGCUUCCUCCCACUCCAAACCACCUCCCCCCGCCCACCCAGCUGCAAGCGCCACUCUGUUCCUUUUUUCCCUCGCGCUUUUAUUAUAUAAGCAUUUCGUCGAACACCUUCCAGACAUUACCAAAACACGCAAAAUACAGUACACCACCAUUCACCUCUCUCUCAAUCCUCUGUUCUUCUCUCUCUUCUCAAGUCUCAACAAUCUCAUGGUUGAAAUGGUGAUGGAUCGGGAAAUCGUCUUGGUCGUCGACGACAGCGGCGGAAGCUGUUCCAAGGAAGCGUCGACGACGACGGCGAACAUGAUCGUGAAAGGUAAGCGGACGAAGCGACAGAGGCAGCCGUCUCCCCUGCCUUUCCCCCCGCCACGGCCGGUGCCGAUUUCGGCCACCGCAGCGACGAAUUCGGGGAGCAACUGCAAUUACGUUUCGUCAACGGCGACGUCCUCCGCGCAGAGCUCGGCGGAGAGCACGUGUACGGAGGAGGAGGACAUGGCGAACUGCUUGAUUCUGCUGGCUCAGGGCCGCCGCAGCGCCAGCCCUCCUCCGCCUCCAGCGCCGAUCGAGGGGCCGGCGGCGGCGGAGCAGCAGCGAGGGGUGUUCGUUUAUCAGUGCAAGACGUGCGACAGGUGCUUCAGUUCGUUCCAGGCGCUCGGCGGGCACAGAGCCAGUCACAAGAAGCCGAGGAUCGCCGGCGGGGAUGGUGAAGGCGGGGAAGAAACCAACAAGAACAACAAUAACAAUCAGAAUAGCAGCAAGGGCGUGGUGAUUAAACCCGUGAAUCAGAAAUUGAAGGAAGAAGGCGGAGAGGAAUUGGCCCUUUCGUUGCGGAUUGUGAACACGGCGGCCGUCAACGACAAUCAUAAUCUUCCGACGACGACGGCGGCGGUGAAGCCGAGUAAGGUUCACGAGUGUGCGAUCUGCGGGGCGGGGUUUUCGUCAGGGCAGGCGUUGGGAGGACACAUGAGGAGGCACAGGACGGUAGUUCCGGCACCGCCUGCGGCGGCGGCGCUGACCGCCGUCAGAAACGGAUUGGAAUUGGAUCUCAAUCUGCCGGCGCCGGAAGCAGGGGUGGACGGGAGGGAACCUAUUAAUAAGUUCCGAUUCCCGGCGACAGGACUGCAGCUCGUGUUCUCGGCGGCCAAUCCUCUGGUGGAUUGCCAUUUCUGAAAAUUUGAUUCUUUUCCUUUUACAAUUAUUUUAGUUUGGUGAUGAAUUGAUUCACCAAAUUAAUUAAAAUGACCAUUCAAUGUGUAAAAUUUGUGAUUAUUACAAUUCUCUUAACUUGCAUUGAUUAAUUAGUUUAUUUUUCUUGCUAAUUGUAAUGUAUAAUCACGAUCAUCAUUAUUUCUUUACAAAUUGAAGAAUAGAAAAUUCUUAUUUCUUGAUUAUAGUCUCUUGCACACUAUGUUGAUGAUGAAUUAACAAUUAGGUUGCUAAUAGUUUAACUAUUUUGUUGUGUAAGUGGCUUUGUUUUUAGGUGGCUUCAAACUUAGUUGGUGUAAGCAAGGAAGUUAAGGUUGCUCUACCUUACAAUCCUCCAUGUACUACACUUCUCAUCAAUCAAUAUAACAUUGAAGUUUCUAAUAGAAGAUUAUUUUUGUUGGCGAAGGAAAGGUCAUUUCGACGAAUUUUAUUUUUCUUUAUAUUUUAUAGUAAACACAAAGUAAAUUCAUGGAAGCAGAUAAGCGUCAAAUGGCUUGAUCUGAAUCGAUAUUGUCAUUGACAUUCCAAUAGUACGUCAAUGCUUGAUUUGUCGUGGCCAAUUCUUCAACCAUCCAGCAACAUGUUAACCCAUUAGGAUCCAAUUUGAAUGUAACGUUUUGAUUAGCGCGCGAAUAAGACUUUUAUUUAGAUUAACCAAAAUUUAUACUCACGACUAUAAUAAAGAAUCGUGUUGGUAUGGAGUAAUCAACGAAAAAGCCCACAUUUAACCAAACAAAAUAAUAAUUCAUAGUAUACUUGAAUCAAACUCAUAAAAUAUGUAGAUAAAUGUUAAAAAAUGAUUUAAUCUAGAUCAAUAAAAUCAAAAAAACCCAGACGCCAAUCUAUCUCGAUCAACGUUUCGAUCUAGCUAUUCCUUCAAGGCUUCAACCACAAUGAAUAGCUCUAGCUAGCUAGCUAAAGGUAUCAAAAAAGGGAAAGAACAUCAUCCGGAAACAAUGCCCUCCUCCAUCACUCUUACGUUAAGCCGACCGAGCAGUUUCGGUCUGCAACUUGGCCGAUGAAGUGUGGAACAAGCAAAGUACGUACGUAGUACCGUUAUUGCCGGAAUAGUAACAACCGCCCGGUUUAGAUUACUACGCAGAUCGAUCAGAAUUGUCACCAAGUCGAUCCAACGAUCGAAAUCGUAUGACGAAACGGUCCAAAUCAUGCCAUACCCCAACAGUAAUAAUACUCCAUCUGAUAUCAGCAAAUCAACUGGACAAUCAACAACUUGUUCUAAUCCUAAGAAAUGUAAUGCACAGUUGGGGAAAGAAAGUGACAUAACUACUAGACUACAAUGCAGAAAGUCAAUUAGCUGGCUAGUAAUUGCAUGAUUAAUGUCAUCACGUAGAGAGGAUACAGCGCCACCAUUCAUGGCCAGGAAUGAUUUGACGAUAGGAUUUCCAACACUAUUUUAUUCUGCAUGGCAGAGAAAAAGUGGUGCACCUUUUCCAAGUUAGAACAGGAUCGAGCUGGCGACUCACAAGCAGCAAUUCAUCAGCCAGCCAGCAACAUAAAGGAGCUAGCUAGCUAGAGAUCAUGGGAAUGGGUCACGAUAUAUAUAAUGUUUCUUUUUUCCCACAUGAUGAUUACUUGGAAUUCUCUUUGAUAAAUGUGUAGAUUGAAUGGAUAGCAAAUUCUACUCCGGAUCGGUGUCCGAUCAAAUCGGUGUAAGUGUCCGAUUCAAAUACAUCGAGAUUGAGCCU